UAAUAGUUUAUUGGAAGUUAGAUUAUAUUGAUGUUAAAAAUCCAUCUAAAGGAUUAAAUGUGGUGAUAAUUCUUCAAAGAAGAAUAAUCAACCAGCUUCUAACAACAUAUCUUCCCAGCAUCCUUAUUCUGAUCAUUGUUUACCUCACUAGCUUCUUCAAACCCUUCUUCUUUGAGGCAGUUGUUACAGUGAAUCUGACAGCUUUACUUGUACUAACUACACUGUUCAUCAGUGUUUCAGGUGCUCUACCUCCAACAGCCUAUGUUAAGAUGAUAGAUGUUUGGUUGAUCUUCUCUCAAAGUAUUCCAUUCUUUGAAGUUUGUCUCCAAACAUUCAUUGAUAGUAUGAGGGAAGAUGAUAAUCGUGAAAUAAAUCAUCAUGGAACAUCAGUUCCUGCGAAUGAAAACAAAAAUCUAAAAAAGAAAGAUGAGUUGUUUUAUGUCAGGCCCCAAUCUUUAACAGAUGUCAAAUCUAAUAACACAGAGCCAAGGAUUAAAUUAACUCAAGUAAACGAGGCUCUUUUAGUGGAAGCAAGAAAGGAUUUCUAUAGAAAAGUGAGCCUAAAGAGGAUGGUAUGGUAUGGAGAAUUUACAGUAAAAUUUCUCAUCCCAAUCUUUAUAGUAAUAUUCUCUAUUGUCUACUGGUUCUAUGGACUCUCUCAUUACCUAAAUGAAGAUUAUGGUGUUUGA